GCGGUUCAACAGCGCCUACAGAAAUCCUAACGGGAAUGUAACCCAAACCGGAAGUGGCCUAGAGCGGCCAUUUAGCUUCUGUUGUUAAGUGGUUCUAAGCCUAUGUCGCUUACUGGACGCUGAAGUGAUUGGGAAUAUUAGCAGUGGGGGCUCUGUAGGGUCAGGAAGGGGCGGCCAGCUUUGGUAUUUUUGUGACUUAAAUUCCAAGUGUACUUUAAUAUCGGAUUUUAUAUCGGUCCACGAAACUUGCUAACUUGAAGACAGUGAACGUGCGUCUUAAGAGCGCCUUUGCGGAUGGUGCUGGAGGACGUUCAGGGAAGUGAUUCACUGUCCGUGGGACUAGGGGAGUCAGUGAUUGAUUGGCAGCCAAGAGCUUCAGAGGUUGGAGGACUUUGAGGAUCACACUGUAACACUCUCAGGGGACCAGUGAUGGGCAACCUAUAGGAAUCAGUAGAGUGGGGUUGCCAGGGGUAGCCUAUGGCAGCCAGUCGACUGGAGGCGUAGGGGGUCAAUGAUGGGGAUUUGUGAGGGUGACUGCAUUGCUUUCUAGGCAGUGAGUGUUGGGGUCCUUCAGGGAUUGGUGGGUGGGUCAGUGUUGGCCUCUUCUUGGGUCCCUUGGACAUGGUAAGGAUCAGUAAUUGACAGGUGAGCACAUCGAUGAUGGUUUCCUAUUGGGGCAUUUCAUUUGGACCCCUAUGUUGGGGAUUAUUUGUCGUUUUAUGGAAACCAGAAAAUUGUGCUCGCUGGGAAACAUUUCUUGGCUAUCAGGGCAGUAAUGAUUUCAGAAGCCUGCGCCAUGUCAGUGACUGGGAGGCAUUUUGGAACUUUCUGGCAGCCCUGUAGUCCACUAAUUGGGGAUUUCUGAAAGUCAGUCCUGUCAGUGAUUGCAUUCAGGUGCGGUGGGGGCAACUUAUUGUGGACAGGCAAGAAAUGGUAACUGUAGGCCCUGAUGCAUGUCUGCAAAUUUUCUGUGUCACGGUGGGGAUUGGGACAGUGAUUUUAAGUUUCAGCGCUAGUCAGAAGAGGCUGGUCUGUGUGUGGUGUAUUAUGGAUGGGGACUGAAAAGUCCAGAAGCUCAGAAUAGGUACACCAGACAGAGCCACCUCCCGGCCUGAGUUCUAUGAAGGCAACAGGAAGAGGAAAUGGUGUUUCUGGAAGCUGGCCACGUAUGGGUACAUGAGAUAGUGGAGACAGUGUACAGUUUAGAACAAGGCAGAUGUGGGGCUGAUUCCCUGUUUUUCUAUUUACAGACUGAGUAACCUUCAGGCAAAUUAUGUAACAGCACACAGCCUCAUGAUCCUCAUCCUCAAAAUGGGCUUCUGCAGAACCCCCGGGUCAGGCCACAUCAUUGAGGCUGCAGGAUCUCUCUUCAUAGCCCAGCACGACUCUCCACAGCGUCCCUGGUUGGAAAAUCCAAACACCUAUCCAGCUUCUGGCUCCUGGGAAAAGUGGAGUUGUCAGCAAGAGACCGAGAGUAGAAGCCCGGAGUGGAGAUGCCUGCUGAUGUGAAUUUAUCCCAGAAGCCUCAGGUCCUGGGUCCAGAGGAGCAGGAUGGAUCUUGCGAGGCAUCAGUGUCAUUUGAGGACGUGACCGUGGACUUCAGCAGGGAGGAGUGGCAGCAACUGGACCCUGCCCAGAGAUGCCUGUACCGGGAUGUGAUGCUGGAGCUCUAUAGCCACCUCUUCUCAGUGGGGUAUCACAUUCCCAACCCAGAGGUCAUCUUCAGAAUGCUAAAAGAAAAGGAGCCGCGUGUGGAGGAGGCUGAAGUCUCAUAUCAGAGGGGUCAAGAAAGGGACUUUGGGCUUGAAAUCCCACAAAAGGAGAUUUCUAAGAAAGCUUCAUUUCAAAAGGAUAUGGUAGGUGAGUUCACAAGAGAUGGUUCAUGGCGUUCCAUUUUAGAAGAACUGAGGCUGGAUGCUGACUGCACAAAGAAAGAUGAGCAAAAUCAAAUUCAACCCAUGAGUCACAGUGCUUUCUUCAACAAGAAAACAUUGAACACAGAAAGCAAUUGUGAAUAUAAGGACCCUGGGAAAAUGAUUCACACGAGGCCCCACCUUGCUUCUUCACAGAAACAACCUCAGAAAUGUUGCUUAUUUACAAAAAGUUUGAAGCUGAACCUAGAAGUGAACAGUCAGAAUGAAAGCAAUGACACAGAACAGCUUGAUGACGUUGUUGGGUCUGGUCAGCUAUUCAGCCAUAGCUCUUCCAAUGCCUGCAGCAAGAAUAUUCAUACAGGAGAGACAUUUUGCAAAGGUAACCAGUGUAGAAAAGUCUGUGGCCAUAAACAGUCACUCACACAACAUCAAAUUCAUACUCAGAAGAAACCAGAUGGAUGUUCUGAAUGUGGGGGGAACUUCACCCAGAAGUCACACCUCUUUGCCCAACAGAGAAUUCGUAGUGUAGGAAACCUCCAUGAAUGUGGCAAAUGUGGAAAAGCCUUCAUGCCACAACUAAAACUCAGUGUAUAUCUGACAGAUCAUACAGGUGAUAUACCCUGUAUAUGCAAGGAAUGUGGGAAGGUCUUUAUUCAGAGAUCAGAAUUGGUUAUGCACCAGAAAACACACACUAGAAAGAAGCCCUAUAAAUGCCAUGACUGUGGAAAAGCCUUUUUCCAGAUGUUAUCUCUCUUCAGACAUCAGAGAACUCACAGUAGAGAAAAACUCUAUGAAUGCAGUGAAUGUGGCAAAGGCUUCUCCCAAAACUCAACCCUCACUAUACAUCAGAAAAUUCAUACUGGUGAGAGACAGUAUGCAUGCAGUGAAUGUGGGAAAGCCUUUACCCAGAAGUCAACACUCAGCUUGCACCAGAGAAUCCACUCAGGGCAGAAGUCCUAUGUGUGUAUCGAAUGCGGGCAGGCCUUCAUCCAGAAGGCACACCUGAUUGUCCAUCAAAGAAGCCACACAGGAGAAAAACCUUAUCAGUGCCACAACUGUGGGAAAUCCUUCAUUUCCAAAUCACAGCUUGAUAUACAUCAUCGAAUUCAUACAGGGGAGAAACCUUAUGAAUGCAGUGACUGUGGAAAAACCUUCACCCAAAAGUCACACCUGAAUAUACACCAGAAAAUUCAUACUGGAGAAAGACACCAUGUAUGCAGUGAAUGUGGGAAAGCCUUCAACCAGAAGUCAAUACUCAGCAUGCAUCAGAGAAUUCACACCGGAGAGAAGCCUUACAAAUGCAGUGAAUGUGGGAAAGCCUUCACUUCUAAGUCUCAAUUCAAAGAGCAUCAGCGAAUUCACACGGGUGAGAAACCCUAUGUGUGCACUGAAUGUGGGAAGGCCUUCAACGGCAGGUCAAAUUUCCAUAAACAUCAAAUAACUCACACUAGAGAGAGGCCUUUUGUCUGUUACAAAUGUGGGAAGGCUUUUGUCCAGAAAUCAGAGUUGAUUACCCAUCAAAGAACUCACAUGGGAGAGAAACCCUAUGAAUGCCUUGACUGUGGGAAAUCGUUCAGUAAGAAACCACAACUCAAGGUGCAUCAGCGAAUUCACACGGGAGAAAGACCUUAUGUGUGUUCUGAAUGUGGAAAGGCCUUCAAUAACAGGUCAAACUUCAAUAAACACCAAACAACUCAUACCAGAGACAAAUCUUACAAAUGCAGUUAUUCUGUGAAAGGCUUUACCAAGCAAUGAAUUCCUAGUGCAUCAGCAUAUUCAUAAAUGAAAUAUACUCCGAGUUUCUUGAAGAAGAGAAAAUCUUCUCAGAAUCAGGUCUAAUUAUAUGUUAUUGAAUUCAUGCUUCAGAAAAACUCUAGGGAUGCACUGCAUGUGUGAACACAUGACAAAAAAGUCAUGCUUCAUUUUAGUGAGGGCAAUUACAGAGAAAAGAGCAAGCAGAAAUGUCCUUCAGAGUACUGGCCUCAUUAAGGAUUAUAAAUUUUCUCCCCAGGAAGAAACCCUGACUAAUGCAUUGAGAAAAGCCUUUCUGUAAAGAAUGGUACAAGACAGGUUGUUACUCGAUUAUUUAUAGUAAAAUGUGUGGGAAAUUAUAUCAAUGAUAACCCUGUUUAUUGUGGGAUAUCAAUAUUUUUAAAGUGCCAACAGUCAUGAUAGGACAAUAUUUUAUGUGUGUGUGUGUGCCUUAUGUAUAUAAGCAUAUAUAUAAUAUAUAAGCAUAUUAUUAUAUACAGGUUGAGCAUCCCUUCUCCAAAAUGCCUGGGAUCAGAAGCGUUUUGGAUUUCAGAUACUUACAGAUUUUGGAAUAUUUGCAUUAUAUUUAUUGGUUGAGCAUCCCUAAUCUGAAAAUCCAAGAUUAAAUGCUCCAAUUAGCAUUUCCUUUGAGCGUCAUGUUAGAGUUCAAAAAGUUUCAGAUUUUGGGUUUUCAGAUUAGGAAUACCCAACCUGUAUGUACGUAUAUUUCUGUAUCUAUGUAUGUAUAUAUAUGCAUAUGCAGACAUAUGUAUAUGGUCUGGUCAGCAUAUGUGUAUGUAUGCGUAUGUAUGUAUGUAUGCCCUCAGUGCAGUGGGGUUUGCUGCAGAAUUCACUGCAUAGCAGGAGAUGUAAGUAGAUGAGUUAUUUUUUAAGAGAAUCUAAUCUAAUUGUUUUUAUAAAAAUUAUUCCCUAUUGAAUAUAUAAUGAGGUUGUAUCAACAAUGAUUAACUCCUUUAUUAUACAUACACAUGAAUGUGCAUUUUUGGUAAAUGCAUAAAUGAGAUUAUAUAAUGUUUACUGAUCUUUAUAUUACAGAUUUUCUCUUCUUUUAGGAUUAGCUCAGCUUGCCCCCCCUUUCCAUCUCCACCAUCUAUAGUGAGCCUCUCCAUAAUUAGUGCCAACCAUUAGUCUCGUUCAUAUUUUUACACAGGCCCCUAAACAUACACACCAGGAGUCAAUAAACUGUGGCCAUUGGCCAAAUAUGGCCUCCCAACUGUUUUUUUAAAAUAAAGUUUUAUUGGAACACA